CUUUCUCUUAAUCCUUAAAUCUUCUAUAAUCAGGAUGAGAUGGAGAGAGCAUGUUUGCCUGACUUAGGAGAGCACAGUCUAUGUUGGGACCUGGAUGGAUUGCUGCAAGCUAACUGGCCAGUUGGAGAGAUGGAGGGAGGGGGAAAGGAAUUCAGCUGGUGUCAGAAACUCAAAGUUACUAGUUUCCAGCAAGAGCAAACAGGAAGAGUGGAAGUCCAAUAAAAGAGGAUGGUUUAACCACCAAGAUCAAGAAAGGAGGAUGAAGCCUUGACUGGAUCGUUUGGGGUGAGGCUCUGACUCUUAAUUUAUGGUUUAAGAUUUCUCUUUGGCUCAAAAUGUUGCAUUUCUUUACACUUUCAUGCCACUGUUUAGAGCAACAACAGAGAAAGCUCAAAUUUGGGAUUCAAAAGAAAAAGCUUGACUGAAAUCUAAAGUGUUACUAAGCAGGAAGUGUAGGCCACAAUGUCAGCAUUAAAGUAGAUUCUUUAUACAUUGGUGCAAAAAGAGGAAGAGGAAGAAAUGUUGAUCUGGUAGAAAUCUUCAUUUUCUGCAUGAUAAACUGCUGAGCAAGAAACAACAUGUGUUUGUAGGAUUAAAGCAGUUGAUAAGCUCUAUCAGGCAUUUAACAAGAGCUUAUCUAAAAGAUGCUCUUAUUCUAAUGAUUUGGCCUUGAUGUGCCAUUGUCAGCACUUGCAAAGCUACUUUGUGCACACAGAUACAUAUAAACAUUUGUAACAAAGCUGAAUAUGAUAAAGUGAUGUGUGCAGAAGAGCCGAGUGAGCCUAACGACUUACACUCUGAAUUUAGCUCUUUCUAACAGAUAGUUGACACUCUGUAAAGUUACAAACCAUCCUCCAGAAACUGUGUCAUGUGUCCAUGUAGAAAAGCACAAAAGCUUACGUAAACUGCAUUCGUUAACAGCAGAAAAAAACCACUAACUACUCUAACUUCUGUGUACCUUUACUCUAGAGAAGUGUGGCAGGGUUCAGACACCAUAACAGAUGCUGUCACUGGUCUGGCCUCCAAUCGCAUCCAGCACCAUAUGGCCUUUCUCGACCCAGUACACGCUUCCUACAACAUGUUCAUUCACACUUUUUUUACAGACUGAGUUUUUAGGGAUGAGUAGUGCUCUUAUUUCACUGUCCCUCUUGUAUAUUUGCACAUAUUUACAUAUGGCUUGCAAAUUUUUUUGCUCAUUUUUAGAUAUGAAUCAGCUUAAAUGUGCUAAGAAUGUGUCUCUACUCUCUUCUCCUCUUUUCUGUAGUACUAUAAAUGUCUCAGCUUGGAAACAAACAUUGGUGAAAAGCAUGUUAUACAGUCAGCUUGCCUUUUUUUUUAAGUCACAGACUUACGGAUCAGCCGCCCUGACAGCAGGGCUGGGGUGAGGUGAAGCUUCUUAUCCUCUUUAGGCAUCGUGCCUUUUAGACAAGGACCUUUCAGGACCUCAGUGCUAUUUAACAUGCUAUUUUCAAAGGCUAUGUCCCUAUUAGUCUUGCAGAACGAGUCUUAGAUGCUUAUUUUAGAAGAAGAAAUCCUAAAUGAGAUGACUGUAAUACCACACUAAUUUGACUAAUUAUCUCCCAGAAGCUACACUUUUGCAUGUUGGGGUUGGCAAACAUUUUCUAUGUCCCUUUAAAGCAAAGUGAGCUGGGGGUCAAAUCAUGUUAAGCUGUCUUCAUUUGUGGGUUAUCUACAAUAUCAAGGGUCAAACAAAAAAUCUAUAUUAGUUUUACAACUAUUAAAAAAAAGAGCUGAGCUUGGGGCAACAAUACAGAGUUGAUCUCUUUUAAAAUCUGGAGCUGGACACAAGUUUUGAUGGUCACUCAAAUGCGACUCAUCUCUCUGAAGUUAGAGGUAUACAAGGCUGCACACAAUCUCAUGACAAAUUUUACAUUUCAUGUCUUCUGAUUCAAGAUGUGGGUGGUGUGCAGCAGACCAAACACCAAGGUCUGAUCCUAGGCAGAAGGGGGUCCAAUGGCUACUGCAAACUACGACCCCCACCUGGGCGAAGGCCCAUCUGAGGACUCUGAGAUCCUUCUAGAUGAUUCCGACACAGGAAGUGUCCUUUCUGAUGACUCAGUGCUACCAGAAUAUGAAACGGAUGAAAAGCACACAGAGCCGUCCAAAACACUUUACGAGGCCUGUUCGAGGAAUGCCAGCACAUCCUUGCGCAGGAUCCUGGAGAGAGGAGUCACAAAGGAAGAGGCCAUGGAGCUGGACAUCAACGGCAGAGUGAGUGUGUGCUAUUUUACUGAAUGUCACACAGAGAAAAUGACUUUGACACGAUUUCAGAAGCUGUAUUCCUGUAAAGAGAAAAGUGAGAUUCCAGUUUCAUCAACAUCACUGUCCAUUUUUUUUUGGUCUCAGAACGGACUGAUGCUGGCUGUAGCCAAGGGGUAUGUAGACAUCGUCACAUGUCUGCACAAAUGUCCGUUCAUAGACAUCAACCACCAAGACAAUGACGGCAACACAGCCCUCAUGAUCGCUGCACAGGCAGGUAUGUCUGAUGACACACAAUAUAAAACGCUGACAUCCAUCCCUCCGUCAAAUACAACUAAAAAAUGUCUCUUCUUUUAUUUUCAUCUAUCAAGGCUUUAUCACUAUUCUGAACUACAUCCUUAACUUCUACGCGGGUGUAGACACCGAGGUCAGGGACCCCCGCGGCUUCACAGCUCUGAUUAAGGCAGGCCUGCAGGGCAGAGAGGAGUGUGUGUCUGCUCUGCUAAUGCAUGGUGAGUUGAAUAUAAUUCAACAUAGUCAAGGUGCUAUUAAGAACCAAAUGAUUAUGCUAGAGAUGCUUUCUUUUCUUUCUUUUAUUUUCCCUGUGCAGGUGCAGAUAUGAAUGCAAUGGACCUAGUCCAAGGGAGAGGUCUGAGGGAUUGGGCCGUUCGGACAGGAAGGUUUGAAACCAUCAUGAGACUACGACGUCUGCAGGCUCGCCCUGUUGCUGAGCAGUUCUGUGAGAACUACAUUCCUGAGUGGCCAGAGUUAAAACAACUGGUAGCAAAGGCCACAGCCACCAAAACAGCCAGUCAGAAGCUGCGUCAGCGCAUAAAAGACAGCCUUUCUUUUAGCUUUCCUCAUGACCCUGAGGACAAUGGUGUGUUAGACCACAUGGUCCGGAUGACCACCAGUAUCCACAGCCCAUUGGUAGCCACCGGUUGCCGCCCUCUCUGUCCCAGAAGCCCCCCAGAGAUCGGCAAGCGCCGGUAUACCGUCCCUGAACUGCUUGACAAGUACAGCAUGAAGGAACUGGAGGAGAGCACGGUGUCCCACAGUAAAGGGACAGUCAUCUCCUCUUCUCCCACCGUUGUGUCAGCUGCCUCUGUAUCCCUGACCUCCUGUUGUCAGGAUUCAGCGCGACGGGAAAGCGCGCCUUCAGGUGGCAUGAGAAGCUACAUACCUCGCAGCAUGGUGCAUAGAAACAGCAUCUUCCCCUCGGGUUGUAUUCCUAAGAUUGAAGUGACAAAAUCUGGAGAGCCUACUCCAAAGAAAGAGAAAAAGAAGAAAAGGCAGAGAGGAUACCUGGAGCCUCCUGUUUGGAAAUACAAGGAGGCAAAGGAGGAGAAGAAGAGGGAGAAGAAGCAGCAGCAGGAAAAGGAAAAAGAAGAGAAAAAAAAUAAGGGGUCAAAGCGAUCAAAAUGAGGCGUUAUGACAAUUGUACUAUAAAGAUAUCAAGCAUAAGGGAAAGGUGUGUGAUUCCAAACACUGAGAUACUGACUGAUUCUGAAGUCGGCACUUGACAAAUCAAACCCAUUGAUGCAUUUGAAAUUUGGCUUGGACUGCAUGCAGGAAAAGUGUCACAGGCUUGAAUAUGUAAGAUGUACUUUUCAGCGCUGGAAAGCUGAAAAUUAUGUCAAAUUGGUUUCACGGAUGCAUUUGAACUUUAC